AUUAUUGAGAGAAACAAUAGAAUCCCUAUUUAUAGACGCAGAGAUACACAAAGUGCAAAGUAAGUUUAGGGAGAAAAUAAAAGUGAAAUCGUAUAGAGAGUAAUUAAAUUAAUGGGUAGCGAGGUAUCAACGACUGAUAUGGAUUUGAAAGAUUCAUCCUCCGCCGUUAUAAAAAACCGAACCAUUCUCAUUUUCACCUUCUUCGUUCCUCUCUUACUCUUCCUGAUUGCGGUUCAAUUUCAACUCAUCCAUUUGAAACUCGACCUUCUUUCACAACUCUGCUCAAAUUCAAACCACAGAGCCAUAAUCAUCAGUUCAAUUGUGUUACUCUUUCUCUUCGGUUUAUACUCAGUGAAACAACGAUCUCCACCGAUUUACCUUGUGGAUUUCACGUGCUACAAACCAGAGAAAGAACAGAAAACACCAGUGAAGUUGUUUCUGGAGAAGUUAGAAGUGAGUGGCUUAUUUAAAGAAGAAUCACUUAAAUUCCAGCAACGAAUUUCAUCCACAUCAGGUUUAGGAGACGAAACUUACUUGCCAAAAGGGUUAAUGACGGAACCACCCAACAUAUGUAUGAAAGAAGCACGUUUGGAAGCGGAAGCUGUAAUGUUUGGAGCAUUAGACACUCUUUUUGCGAAAACAGGUAUUAAUCCUACAGAAAUUGACUUUCUUAUUGUGAAUUGUGGUUUGUUUAAUCCAACACCUUCAAUUACUGCUAUGAUUGUGAAUCAAUACAAAUUGAGAGAUGACAUUAGAAGCUAUAACCUUGCAUCUAUGGGUUGUAGUGCGGGUGUUAUUUCAGUUGAUCUUGCUAAACAUCUUUUGAAAGCAAAUCCAAAUUCAUAUGCUGUGGUUUUGAGCACAGAGAAUUUAACCCUUAAUUGGUAUUUGGGAAAUGACCGUUCUAUGCUUCUAUCUAAUUGCAUUUUCCGAAUGGGUGGGGCCGCUAUACUUCUAUCUAAUAAAUCAUCGGAUAAAACCCGGUCCAAGUAUAAGUUGGUUCACACGGUUCGAACCCAUAAGGGAGCCGAUGAUAAGAGCUAUAACUGCAUUCAACAAAGAGAAGAUGAGAAUGGAAAAGUUGGUAUUUCUUUAAGGAAGGAAUUAACGGCCGUUGCUGGGGAUGCUUUGAAAUCUAAUAUAACAACUUUGGGGCUAUUGGUUUUGCCUAUUUCAGAGCAGUUAAUGACUUUGUUGUUGUUUGUUAGGAGUAAGUUGUUGAAGGAUUCCAGGGUGAAACCAUACACACCAGAUUUCAAGCUGGCAAUUGACCAUUUCUGUAUACAUGCUGGGGGUAGGGCGAUUUUGGACGAGUUGCAGAAGACUCUUCAACUCACUGAGUGGCAUAUGGAACUGUCUCGGAGGACGCUAUAUCGAUUCGGGAACACUUCAAGCAGUUCACUUUGGUAUGAGUUGGCUUACGCUGAGGCUGACGGUCGGGUCGCCAAAGGGGAUCGGGUCUGGCAAAUUGCAUUAGGCUCGGGUUUUAAGUGUAAUAGCGCUAUCUGGAAGGCCAUGCGCCACGUGUCUGUCGUCGGAGAUUGGGAAGGUAACCCUUGGGCUUAGCUGGGGGAAUAACCCUAUACAGUGGACUGAUAUAAUUAAUUUAUUAGUAAAUGUAUAAUUUAAUAUCAAGUUUAAAUAAAAUAGACAAAUAUUUUUCA